UCCUUCCUCAAGAGGUUUGUUUUUCUUCACCCAAGAUGCUUCCCCUCCCACCUCCACCCCAACUCCAAAAGCAAACCACACCAGCCCCUCUCAACCAAAUACUCCUAUCAAAGCAAUCUAUAAUAAAGCUCCGGCGACCUCGCCGGACCAACCCAGUUGUGUGGUGCUGCUCAGUUGUGUGCCUCCUGUUGAGCCUUCUUCUCAUCUUCUUUGGGGUUGCAACUUUGAUCAUUUUCAUCGACAUCAAACCAAGAAACCCGUCUUUCGACACCCCUGGUCCAAGCCUCGGCAGCAUCUACUUUGACUCGCCAGAGUACUUCAAUGGCGACUUUACCUUCAUCGCAAAUUUCUCCAACCCAAAUCGGAAAAUCACGGUGAGGUUUGAGUAUGUAGACGUACAGCUCUAUUUUCAUGACAAGCUCAUAGCAACUCAAGCACUUCAGCAUUUCACACAAAAGCCAGGAGAGACAAGAUUGGAAUCAGUUCACCUGAUUUCGAGCCUGGUUUAUCUGCCACAUAACAUUGCAGGAGAGCUUCAAAAGCAAGCACAGAGCUACAGUGUAACGUAUUAUAUACAAGGAAACUUUAAAGUGAAAGCCUCUUUGGGUGUAACUCAUUUUUCUUAUUGGUUGCACGGAAGAUGUCAACUAGAGAUGACUGGUCCACCAACUAGUACCCUGGUAACUCGAAGCUGCAAAACAAAGAGAUGA